CCGUUUCCUUGGCGGUGGCCGUGGCCGUGGCGGUGGCGGUGGCUGCGGGCGGAGUCGCCUGUGGUCCGAGCGCCUGCACUGAGAACCUGCUCUGGGUAUUUUGCUGUCAACAUUGAAUACACUUCCAUGGAAUCUCCAGACCCCGAAAGACUCUUACAAUGUCCUUAUGUUAAAAAUCACCACAUCAGGGCCUGCAGGUUUCCUUAUCACCUAAUCAAGUGCAAAAAGAAUCAUCCUGAUAUUGCAAGAAAUUUUGCUACAUGUCCAUUCAAUGCUCGUCACUUGGUACCAAGGACUGAACUCAGUCACCAUAUCUCAAUAUGUGAUGACAGGUGUAUAGAGCAGGAUUUGGUCAACCCAAUUAGGAAUCCUAGACAAGACACUGUGCCCAAGAACACAUGGCAGUACCCUCCUUGUGAUGAAGACUGGGAUCUAGAAUUGGCUGAAGAGAAUAACACCACCCCAUUUAUCUGGGGCACAACCAGGUUCUGUGAGAAUAAAUGUCCUGCAAACAAUGCAGCUAUGGAACCUAAAAGUAAUCUGGCUUCAGGCAAGCAAGUUCCAAAGACUCUGCCAUGGAAAAACAGUGGAUAUGGACAGUAACUGAACAUCUUUCACAAAUUCCAGAAUCUAGAAGAAUUGUCCUUACUCCUGCUUUCCAGGGAUUAUUACUUGUUUUAUUCCAAUUUUAUGAAAUAUAACAGUAAACUAUAUGAUUUCCAAGCAUAAGGGAACCUGCCUUUUUUGUCCUCU